UCAAACCAUUUCAAUUAAUCGGAUAUUUGAAACGUUUUCGAAUGUUCCGAAGCCUGCGCAUCUUCAUUGAUUUUCCGGCAGCUGUGCAGACUCAACUGGAGCAAAAUCCAGAGAUGUGGGCGUGAUACUAAAAUGGCAAUGUUAUUGAAAUUUGGGUUUAUAUUUAUUUUGGUGUUUGUUAUUGUUAUCGACAAUGUUUCAGCAAAUAUCAAACACAUAGAAGCCAAUCCUGACACAAAGAGGCUUUACGAUGAUUUAUUGAGCAAUUAUAACAGGCUCAUUAGGCCUGUAAUUAACCACACUGAAACACUAACAGUAUGGCUAGGAUUGAAGUUGUCUCAGCUAAUUGAAAUGAAUCUCAAGAAUCAAAUUAUGACAACGAACCUUUGGGUGGUACAGAAAUGGACGGAUUACAAACUGACAUGGAAUCCACAAGAGUAUGGCGGUGUGGAAAUGUUGUAUGUUCCAUCGGAGCAUAUUUGGCUGCCAGAUAUUGUACUAUUCAAUAAUGCAGACGGCAACUAUGAAGUAACCCUGAUGACCAAGGCUGUUUUAUCCUACACUGGGGAAGUAAUUUGGAAGCCUCCGUCCAUUUAUAAAUCUUCUUGCGAGAUAAAUGUGCAAUACUUUCCAUUUGAUGAACAGAGCUGCCUAAUGAAAUUCGGCUCGUGGACAUACAACGGAAAACAAGUAGAUCUGAAGCACAUAGACCAAGUCCCUGGAAGCAACAUUGUCAAAGUAGGAAUUGAUUUGAGUGAAUUUUACCUAUCGGUAGAAUGGGAUUUGCUUGCAGUACCAGCUACAAGGAAUGAGGAAUAUUAUCCUUGCUGUCCGGAACCCUACUCAGAUAUAACUUUCAAAAUAACGAUGCGACGCAAAACUCUGUUCUACACGGUGAACCUUAUAAUACCCUGCGUGGGGAUAACCUUCCUCACAGUGCUGGUGUUCUACCUCCCAUCGGAUUCGGGAGAGAAAGUCAGCUUGUGCGUGUCGAUCCUGCUCUCCCUCACUGUGUUCUUCCUCCUGCUGGCCGAAAUCAUCCCUCCCACUUCUCUGGCCGUGCCUCUGCUGGGGAAAUACCUAUUGUUCACCAUGUCCCUGGUUACUUCCUCCAUCUGGGUUACGGUUUGCGUGCUCAACGUUUAUUUCAGAUCACCGUCUACACAUAAACUAGGACCAUGGGUUAGAAAAAUAUUCUUGCAUUGGAUGCCGAAAUUGCUCAUCAUGAGGAGGACAACAUAUUCGGUACCAGAGUAUGAUGACAGUAUGCCACCACGAGGAUACACUAACGAUUUAGAUAUGCAACUGAAUGUUAACGAACCAUUUACAACAGAUUUCAAACUAACCAGCAAAGAACCAAGCUUUGUGUUACAAAAUGCAGAGGACAACAAAUUGAAGGCUCACGCUUCAAUGACUUGCUCAUCGGAUAUAACACCUCGUCAGCUGUCUAAUCAUGUUCUUGAAGCUCUUCAAGGGGUCCGUUUUAUUGCUCAACAUAUAAGGGAUGCGGACAAAGAUAGAGAGAUUGUGGAAGAUUGGAAGUUCAUUUCUAUGGUACUGGAUCGAUUUUUUUUGUGGGUAUUCACUCUAGCUUGCAUUGGUGGUACAUGCGGUAUUAUAUUCCAAGCUCCUUCUUUGUAUGACACUAGAACCCCAGUCGAUCAACAACUAAGUGAAAUAACACUUUCGAAAAUAUUUCAGCUACCACCUUCACAUAUUCCUAUCCAGUAGGAAUCCAUCCCAUUGUUAAAAUUGAAUUGUUUAUUUAUUUGUUAUCAUAUCCAUAAAUAAUUUAAAAUAAUCAAAAUAAAAAGUAAUGAAACAUUA